ACACAGUGUCAUUCUUUCUUUCUUUCAUUCUUUCUACAUCAAUUCAAUUGGUAUCAUAUGGAUGGAUCCCUUUCUUCUAUAUCAAGAGUGAUCCCGAACUCUUGGUUCUUGCUAGUAGGGUUCUUGGUCAUCUUGCUAGGGCUGGCGGGCCAUGACCUCCCAUGAAGUCGAACGACAGGUUAAAAUUGCCCUGGAUUGGCUUCGAGGGAAUAGAGUGGAGUAUCGUCGAUUUGCUGCUGUCUUAAUCUUGAAAAAGAGCUUAUGGAGAAAUUUCCUCCAACCAGGCCAAUAUGGAAACAUGUAUACAAUAUAGAAAUAUACUUCUUUGAUGAUUUCAAGAGCAUGGUGCAGUGAUAAAUCUGUACCUCAGUUGAUUAAAGGUCUUGAAAUUGGAAACUGCCUCUUUACAUAUGUCAGAAUUACGCGGUGUACAAUAACCCUCAAUUGUACCUUUGGACGGCGAGGGGGGUUCGUCGAGCAAAGUUGUAAACGCUGCAACUGCAAGAAGUCAAAGUGUUUGAAGCUUUACAGCGAGUGCUUUGCUGCUGGUGUCUACUGCAUAGAACCCUGCUCCUGUCAGGAUUGCCAUGAAGACACUGUUUUUCAAACUCGCAAGCAGAUUGAAUCUCAAAACCCUCUUGCAUUUGCUCCUAAAGUCAUCAGAAGUUCUGAUUCUGUUCUUGAAAUCGGGGAUGAUCCAAAUAAAACUCCGGCCUCAGCACGACACAAAAGAGGACGCAACUGCAAAAAAUCCAUCUGCCUAAAGAAAUAUUGUGAAUGUUAUCAGGGUGGUGUCGGUUGCUCCAUUGGCUGUAGAUGUGAAGGAUGCAAGAAUGCUUUCGGCAGAAAAGGUUCUGCUCCUGUAAGCAUAGAAACAGAGCAAGAAGAAACGGAAGCUACUGACAAGGGUAUGGCAGAAAAAGCUUCACAGAAAACUGAAAUUCAGAACACUGAAGAUCAUCCGGAUUCUGCUACUGUGUCAACACCAUUACGACUCUCCAGGUUUGAAGUGCUGAAUUUUCUUAGUAACUGUUCAUUUCUAGAUCGUUUUUAGUUUUUCAUAUUAGGUUUUGGUUUAAGGUUUUACUUUCUGAGUUCUGAUAGGAAGUUUGUAAGUCUUUUUCCAUUAUUUAUUACUGUUUUCAUUUUAUUAAUCUUUUAGGUUCUCUUUUUGCUAUUUCCUUUCAUGUACCAUAAAAUUUAAUCUGUGAGUUUGGUAGGUUUUGUUUAAGUUGCAUACUGUUUUGUUUCAGUCUUUGUAAAUUGUAUAUAGCUUUGGUAUAUCUGUUAGGAUUUUCUUAGGCUCUCUUUCUUUCUUUUAAAUGAGUCUGUUCUGGUUUAGUGUAGGUUAUUUUAGUGCGUAGGUUAGUUCUACCUUGUGAUAGGAUAUAGGGUGAUUGGUUAUAAUGGGUUUAAAUGAGAAGGGCAGCUAGGAGGGAAGAGUUAUUUGACAAUUAUUUAGUUAGUUAGUGGGAAGGGGAAAAGAAACUUUAUAAAUAGGGAGUGAGUUCUGUACAGGAGGAUUAUUGAGUGAAUUCUUUGUAAAUCUGGAUUUUGGCCAGAAGAGGGAGGUUAUGCUCCCAACCAGGAGGUUAUACACCCAAACCAUUCUUUGUAAAGAGAGUUCUUUUACCAUAAAUAAUAGAAAAUCUCAUUCUUCCAUUACUGUUUCUACCCACUGUUAGGGUUCUUGGUAGGUUCCAAACUCUUUCCUACCUCUAUUGUAAAGAGAGGUGCUGAUCCUCAUCAACAGUGACGCUAGCCACAAUUUCAUUAGUCAAGGAUUGGUGGAGGAAAUGGGAUUGGUCGUGGUGGAUACCCCAUCGUAUCUAGUAAGUCUAGGAGACGGUCAGAAGAAGACUAGGGGCUGCUGUGAGUGAGUGAAGAAAGAAGUAGGGGAGAUUGAAAUUGCUGAAAGGUUCUAUUUGUUCGAACUAAGAAGAGUAGAUGUGAUCCUUGGCGUGGAGUGAUUGGAGAAACUGGGAUUCUCGGACCUAGACUGAAAAUUUCUCUUUAAACCUACCAUUUGAGUGUGUUAAGCUGCUAGAGAGAAACCUGAUUUUGUGAGCUUAGUGUGGCUGCAUCUAAAAGCCAAAUUUGUUGUUGAGAGUGUGUUGUAGUUUCAAGAGCUGAAAUAAGUCCAGUUUUGAAUCAGAUAUGUGCUAACCAGUUAAAGUUGUACAGUUUUGUUUGGUUGACCUCUACAGGGAUAAAAGCUGUUCCAAAAGGGUAAAUUACACAUAGCUGCAGCAGGAGAUUGUGCAGAGUGGAGUAUGAGAGAACUUCACUGUGAUGACUUAAGAACUUAAACAGCUAAGUUUAAUUUGUGCAGAUUUCCAUUCUGUUUAGAUUGAGUGGUUAAAUUGAGUUGAUCUGUUCUCCAUUACAUCACAUGAUUCUUUGUCCAUUGAUUUGAUUAGCAUGACCAAUUGAUUUUUAAUAUAAUAGAUCAUUGUCACCAGUUUAGUGCAUCCAAUUAUUAUUGCCUGAAAAGCCAUUUCUUGUUUGAAUAUGUAUGCUGAAUUGAAUUUGCUAAGACCUAUUGGAUUUGGAACUUGGUAGAUGAGUUAUGAAUUUGCAAAUACUGUUCUGAUUGGUUUGUAAGCAUUUCUGGAUUGCUUUAACACUUUCACUGCCAAUAUCUCAUUCAGUUUUUUUUUUUAAAAAUGACUCAAUCUUAUAAUUGAUCAGGAGAAAUCAGGAGAAUUGAUUCCAGAAGCAACAAGUUAAGCAUGGGAUUCCUGUAGGAUGAACCAAACCGUGGGCACGUGAAUCAAUCCGUGACAGUGGAGUCUUCAUUGUUUGUAGUUGUUUGAUGAAUUUGGUUUGUAAUAAUCUGAUAUGCUAGGUUUCUUUUAGUUUCCUUUUUAAUUUGUAAAAGGCCAUUCAAAGUCCAAAUGUUUUGGAAGAGUACUUGGUGCUCUUUCAAUUCUUGGCAAAACUUUUAUUGUUUGUGUUUAAGAUUUUUAUGUUUCACGGGA